CAUGUAUUUUGUAGUAUAUACACAAGUCAGUUCUAUCAAUGGACUGCUAGUUAGAAAUCCCUUGCCAGGUGUGAAAAGUUUUAAGAGAAGGCUCAGUGAUGAGGCCUGUAAUUAAUGACACCCUGCGCAGCUUGGAGUUAUGUGGUUCUAGCUUCCAGUUAGAAUGACCCCUUAUGUCAACCGACCUAGGCGAAACUUGCUCCCUUAAAACUGACUGGUGGGAAGCCACACCGAGUAAUCUUAACCUAGUAAGAAGCACUGAGUUCAGUCCUCUUUGAGCAAUCCGACCAAUUCAGAUAAGAGUUUUACCUUUUGUGGAAUAGGCACUUUCAUUGUUUAUGAUAUGUCAAAACCAUGGUCACAACCAAGAACCAUUAAGGGCCCACCAGCCAUUUUACACUUCAGAAGAAAUCUGCUUGUUGAGAUCUCUCUCACGCUCUCGUGGUGCAGUGGUACUUUGCCUUUGUGAACUCUACCAAGCCAUCCAAACAUUCGCUCCAGGUCUGGAAAUGUGCGCUGUGGAGGCUGCAGAGCAGAUGCAAACUUGUGGCUUGGCGAGUGAAGUCCUGGCGCUUCCCCAUCAGGGCAGCAGGCUGGCUAGCGCCGGUAAGGGCGUAGCCCGGGCCGCUUCCGGCGUGACGGGGGUGCCACCCUCCCUGUUGGGUGGGGCAGGCGGACACGGGCAGGCUGGAGCUGAAGAAAGAAAACCGCACAGCACUCAGAGGCUGCGAGACCCUAAGGCCGAUCCUGCUGGGCUGUCUGCGGCCAGGAAUACAGUAGGGUCAGAAAAGGGCAAAGACGGGCCCGGAGAGACGCGCCAGCGGCACCAUCUUUGCAGGACCCUAAGAAAUGCACUUCUUCCACGGCGGCGUGCCAGGGCGGCGCAGGACAUCCGCUGCCGGGCCCACUUCCGCCCAGCACUUCCUGCGGCCCCGGGGCCCAGGGCUUUAGCAUUUUCUUUAAUUAGAGUCUUACAUAACUGUUUUAUCCCACCCGAUUUUCCUCGCAAAAUAGUACGUCACUUCCGACUUCCUCCUACCGAGAGGCACCGUGAGCAGACACGGAGCCUGGCACAGCCGCCAUCAUCCUGAAUUGCUGGAAGUGGCCCGUGUGUCAAUGUCCUGUGUGUAUGGAGAAAAAUGAUUGAAUGAUUGUUCGGUAUUCAUGACGCUCUGUCAGAGGAGGCAGGAGCAGUGAUGGCCUGCGAUGAGACUGACCUGUGUUUCUAUUCUGACUCCUCUAACCCUUAUCAGCUUUGUGUAAAUCGAAAAAGUUUUAUCUCUGUUGAGCCUCUUAAUUUGUUAAUGGAUCAAAUGACUGACUGAAUUGUUAUCCUAAAUUGGUUGGUUUGUGCAAUCCCUACAGGACUUCUUGCUCCUUCAGACCCUAACUGAAAUUGAAUGAUAACAUCAGACACAAUUCCCACUGUGCAGUGAAAUCUGAUCCCAACAUCUGUUGAAGAUCUGGCGUUUCCUUAUAAAAUCUAGAGUUACCUGUAAAAGUUGUUGCCUCUUGAAUAUAAAGUUGAGAAUGGGGUCUUAAUUCCUUUAAAAUUUAAACUCUUGGAUGUGGGUUUUUUCUUUUAAAAAUAUAUGUAUA